UGGGUGCCGGGCUGUCCGAAUGGAGGCUGUUUCUACUCGGCUACGAUCACCUGUUAGGUCACAGGUCCGUCCUGCCGGGAGUUUAAGUGUGCGUGCGUAUGAGCGGGAGUUAGUGGGCUUCUGGCGGUGCGAUCUGUGGCCUUGGAGGAGAAGGGUCCUCGAUGUCGUCGUCCUCCUCACAGUGGGAAAUAUGAGUUGGAGCAGAAAGUCAACAUACAAACCUAAGAAACGAGGUCAUGAUGAACAAUGUGACAAUCCUGUUGAGCCUGUGGUUGCCCAUGGUGAUAAGCAACCUCAAGAAUGGGAGCCACCAACUUCAAGUCAGGACAUUCGACCUGGUGAUGAGAAAAAGGAUGAAGGAGCGUCUUCAGCUCAAGUGGGAAAUAUCUUUCGGAAAGUAAAGUCUACAUACAGACUUAGGAAAAGAAGUUAUGAUCAAGCAUGUGUCAAUCCAGUUCAGCCUGUGGUUGCCCACGGUGAUAAGCAAACUCAAGGAUGGGAGCCACCAACUUCAAGUCAGGACUUUAGACCUGGUAAAGCCAAAGAGGAUGAAGGAGCACCUGCAGUUGAAGGUGAAGGAAAAGGAACGAGGAAUGCGUCUUGUGGGGAUGUGUGUGUGUGUGUGUGUGUAUGUGCGUGUGUGUGUAUGUGUAUGUCUCAUGCAUGUUGAGAUGCCAAUAAGAGAAGGAAGGGAAACAGCAGAAAGGGAUCUCAAACGCUGCCUGAGAAUUGACUGGAAAAGUGAAGAGAGUGUAGUUUGCAUCUUAGGGCAAUCCUUCAGUAGAAUAAAUUUCCCCCUUCUUUAUAAAUGAGAAAACUGAGGCACACGGAUCUUGUUUAUCAGAGAGCAGUUGA